CCCUUCUGAGACGGGUGAGGCGGGGAAGCGUUGUCAGUACAAAGCACAUCUAAAAGUCAGCAGUAUCAACUGUACACUAGUGCGUCCCCAUCCUGUUACUAAGCCAUUCUGCGCAACAUGCCCAGCACCCUCAAAAAGCUGCUUUCGAAGGUCGGCGGGAAAGGCAAAAAGGGGACCGGGCUUAACCCCGCUCCUCCACCUGCUGCACCAGCUGCACCCACCGUCCCCGCACCAUCCGCACCACUGGUGACCCAGCCGGGCCUUCCAGAGCAGCUAUGGACUGCCGCAUAUGCCGCUUUUGCGCUCGCGAAUCCCGAGCUGUCCAGCGCAUUCGAGAAUAUCGUCAACAAGGAGAUUGCGCGAACAAUUCCGCCUGGCGAAACCGUGGCCGACAACAGCGCAGCCCUUGAGCCGUCCUUUAGAUAUCAGCAGAUGCGAAGGUUGGCCAACGUUGCCAUGGAUAAGUGGAAGGAGAAGGUGCAAGCCCGAGACGGCUUCAUUCUUGCCGCAGACGUGGUCCAGGGCCUGAAAGACAGGAUCGGCGCCGCCCUGGAAGUCUCCCCGCCGGCGUCGCUGGGGUUUGCCGGCUUUUGCCUGAUUCUCAACGGCUGCACGUCGGGCAUCGAGGCCAGGAGGUCGUGCAUCGAGGGUCUCACUUACGUGGUCGAGAGAGUGGAGUGGUACAGAACCCUCACCGGCCUGGUCCUGUCGGAAGCCGCGAUUGACCCUGCGAACCAGGGCCAGGCAAGGGCGCUACAGCCGGCAGCGGCACAGGAACUUCUCAGGGGCAUGCUCGAAGGGCUCUUCAAAGCCCUGAUCGAGUAUCAGGUCAAAAGCGUCUGUGCCUACUACGGAAGGAUGAACCAGGCGGUGACCAUCCUCAAAGACCUGGUCAGCCCCAACGACUGGGACGCGUGGUUAAGGGACAUCAAAAGUGCCGAGGAGGCCUUCCUGCGUGACGUUGAGACCCAGGACGCUCUCCUCGCCAGCAGGCUGAGAGCCCAGCUUCUCCAGCACGCCGAAAGGACCGAGCAUCUCAUGCAGGCCGCCGUCCACUACUUUGGCGAGGCACACAAAAGGGACGAGAGGCGCGAGAAAAGAGAGCUGCAGCAGCUUGAUGACGGCACCCGGACCAAGAUCAACCGGCUGAUCGCCACCUUCAAGAUCCCCAAUGUCGACUAUAAAGCCCUCAAGAACCAUUCGAGCCAUACCGCGGCGGCCCCCGGCACCUGCGAAUGGUUUCGGAAGGAUCCCAGAUACCUGGAGUGGAAGAGCCCAUACGGCGCCGGGUCCUUGGUCCUCACUGCUCUCCCCGGCUCCGGGAAAUCUGUCAUCGCCAAGAGUCUGGUGGACGAGGCGAUAGCUAAGCCCGGGGAGGACGUCGUGGUCUGCUACUACUUCUUCAAGAGGUCCGGCAGCCAGGUCCAGGCCACACUGGCCGCCUGCCUUUGCUCGAUGCUGCAUCAAAUAUUCAUACAACGCAGGAGGCUUAUCCUCAAGUUCCAAGACGAUAUUGAGACCAGCCCAGGGCAUGUCCUUUUAAAUGACGUGCAUGCACUCUGGGAUCUGUUCCGGAAGACUGCCGACGCGCUGGAAGGGGACGCACAGGUCAUCUGCGCCCUAGAUGGUCUAGACGAAGCCGACAAAGAGUCAUGCAACACCCUUACCGGAUUCCUUAGGGAGUAUUACAAUGAUAGCUCCAAAACGCCCCCCCGCCUUAAGACAUUUAUCGCCUGUCGCCCUUACGAGUACAUCCGGGAAAGACUGGCUCAAAUCAGGAACGGUUACGUCAACCUGGAUGUCGGCGAGGCCGAGCUAGCAAAGAUCAGCCGAGAAAUCGACGCUGCCAUCGACGACAGACUGGACAAGCUCCCGGGAAGGUUCCCCCGCAAUCCUCCCUCGAACGAGGUCUUACAGAGCCUUCGGACAAAGCUCAGGGAGCAUGAGAACCGUACCUAUCUCUGGGUUAGCCUGAUGUUUGAGAUAGUCGAGAAGACGGAGCUCGCGUUCAAGAACGGCCACUGGUUGCGCUCGUUCGAUUCGCUUCCUGCCGACGUCGACGAGGCGUACGAGGCGCUGCUUGGCCAAGUCCCAGAGGAAAGCCGUAUUGGCAUCCGCCACAUUCUCGCCGCUAUUUUGCAGGGUGUAAGAGGGUUUGAUAUAAAUGAGCUGAUGGUGAUCUACGAACUUUCAGCCAUUGAAAGCAAGCACUUACCCGCAGCCAAUAAGUCCUCGGAUUUCAAGGCUUCUGAGGAGUGGCUGUUGCAUACCUGCUCGGCCUCGGAUGUCGAGGCUUUUGAGAAGUGGCUGCUGAACACUUGUGGGUUCUUCCUUCAGGUAUUUCACGGCCGUGUUUCUUUCAUUCAUCAGACUGCGCGGGAGUUCCUCUUGGACAAUCCCGCAGAUGAUGACAACCCAUACGACUGGGCUCCUGUGCUCAAGAAAUCCAAUACAACAGCCGAAGCUUCCGCCUCAGUUUGGAAGCACACAUUCCCCUCUUACUGGUGUCACAAAGUGCUCGCUGAAGCUUGCAUAUUUGUGGUGGCUUGCGGCUUGAAGAAAAUAAGAGUUACUGUGAGGCGCAGGGUCCACGACUGGGACAACCCCUACAGGACAAUGUACGACUCCAAAAUAGACGGCCACUUUAGCGAGGAGCUCCGGGGUCUCCAGCAUUACGCGUGUAUCCUUUGGGAAUUCCACAUUCGCAGUUGUCAGCGAUGGGAUGGGACUGAAGAGGGAAUUCCCGAUUCUCUUGUCGACAUCUCACCGAAAUUCACGCCCAUGUAUAUGGCCAUCGUACGCCACCGCCUAGGGAUCCAGUUGGACACAGAGCUUGUGCAUAAGCUGCAACUUCUGCCCGAGCUUCACCACCUUCGGCUGGUCCCACUUGUGCACGCUAUAAACCCUCAGGCAGACUGGGCUAAGGCUUUUGGCAAGAGGUCACGCCUAUUGCUGCCAGAUCUGGCGGUCUGGAUUACUCACUUCUUUCCAGAUCUGGUCAACAAACCGGUGUUUGCCAUUGGGGGAACGCUCCUCUUCUUCGGGGGAACGCCAUCAGCGCGGGUACUGCUGGAAAGAGGUGCAUCUGUGCAUCAUCGCGAUCGCCACGGAAGGAGCAUUCUACACGGGCGGGACCACUAUCCCCCCAGGAAGUUCGACUCAGUGUACCUGGACCUUAUACUAGAGCAAGGUGCUGAUAUCAACGCCCGGGACGGCAAGGGUCAGACCCCUCUCCAUCAAUGCGAGGAUCGCGGCAAUUUGGAGCAACUCCUGGGCCGAGGGGCGCGAAUCGACGCCAAAGACUUGUUAGGCCGCCAGCCAAUCCACACUCUCGCUUCCCGUCGCUCCUCGGACCCCGUCGAAUUGGUUGAGAUACUGCUUCAACGUGGCUCAGCCUUCAAGCUCUGUGACGGCCUGGGCAACACUCCAUUCCACUACCUAACCGGGCGUGAAGGAAGUGGGUGGGAGUGGUUUGGUAGUAUCUGGGAGGACCUAAACGUACUGGUUGAACAUUUCAACGGGGCCAGCCACAUCGAUCUACGGAACAAGGAGGGCGAGACUGCACUCAUGCGCCACUGCCGCCAGCGCAACUAUCUAAUGAUUGACUGGCUUCUGCGCCAGGGUGCGGAUCCACAUAUCCCAGACAACAGCCAGGCACUGCCUGUCACUGUAUUUUUGGAAAGCCGCUUUGAACUGCCCCCCAGAGGGAGGAGGUUGAAUAUUAAAUGGUGGCGUCGGGUCGUCGUCGAUAGGGUUACCGCUGCCAGUGCGUUUUCCGACGUGCUGAACAUCCAACCCCCACCCAGCCCGGAGGCGGUCGCCUUCUUCCGGUCUUUUCUGGAAGCCUUCCGGAGCCUAAUUACCCAAGGCUAUUUUCAAGAAGCGAAUUUGCCGGACCUGCCAGAUCGACAUAGGGCUGAUCUUUUUGAAUGUCUGGAGGCAUUCCAUCGGCAAGGACUUUUCGCACGAGACCAUUCCGAGGCUGAGUGCGAUCCGGUAGUUGAGUUUGAAGCGUUUAUGGCUACCUUUGCGAGCGAAAAGGAAGCAAGGGACGACGAACUUUGGCCAGUUUGGGACGGGCGUCGAUGGGAACUUCUCGAAGAGGUAGAGUCAUUUGACGAUUAAGGGGUGCGAAAGGAACGGGAGCAAUCAGGGAGCGAGAACGUGGCGCGCGCUGGAUUGAAUAUCCGGACAUCCGCUGACAUCUUCGAAGAGGGCCAAAGGCAGCAUGAAGCGGCUAGGACAGAUCCAGUGGCACCGCCACAGCUGUGGAGCAGAUACAAGCAUGUAAGCCACACAGAUCACGACAACUUCAGGCGCGUGUCGCGACGGCGCGACCAGCGCCAUUUCCUUUCCUUUCUCUUCGGUGUAGAAUCUUCGUUCAUAGCGCCAAUGCAAGGCCGGCGUGCCUGCAUUGAGUGAGUAUAUUUAACGUCGGCAAAAUCAGGAUCUACCAGGCUAAAGUGCUGCUAUCGAAACGGCUAACAAAUUAAACCCGAAGGCACAUGGAGGGCGGGCCGCUUUCCGGCGCUCCUUGUUAGUGAGCGGGCAAUCGGCAAUGGGGCGUGUAUAAUCCCCGGGGCGUUGUAGGCGCAGCGGGUGGUAGUAGUGCGUUCGGCCAGCGAGUGAGUGAGUGAGCGAGUAUAUUUAACGUCAGCUAGUCGGGAUCUAC